UUAUCUUUCUUUGUUAAAAAUACAUAAUACUUUAACAAACCUAUAUAUAUAUAUAUACAUAUACAUAUAUAAAUAUAUGUAUAUAAUAUGCUGUAUUCUAAAGAUACUAGCUAUACAAGAUUAGAUGAAAAGACUUUAUCUGAUUAUAUCAUCCAUCAUAAAGAUAAUACAUAUUAUUUAGAUCCAGAAGAAAAGGACAUAAAAAAUACAUCUAUUGGAGUACCAGAAACGACCCAUUUACGCUUCUAUGAAGAAAACUAUCCUUCAAAUCAGAUUUCAAGCCAAUAUUAUAACUUUAGAAGACAGGAUCAAAGUAACACCGCUACUUGUGAUUCACAAAGCUUUCCAAAAACACAACAGCAACAACGACAAAAGACGGAAUGGAGUUAUUAUAGAAUCCUUAUUUAUUUCACAUUAAUUUUCGGUAUUGUCUUUAUGGUAUUAGCUAUUAUAUUUAAAAUACAGUCAAGACUAUAUAUCAGCCAAUCCAUUCAAAAUCAAUGUCCUGUUAGUUGUGUUACAACCUGUUAUUUAAAUAUUCCCUUUUAUCAAUCAUCUACCACUGACUGUGAUAUGGAAAAGAAAAGCGAUUGUGAUAUGUAUUGUUUUAUUGCAGGCAUGAAAGCAGCUUAUAUAUACUCUAUCUUCUUUUUAAUAUUCAUUUCCUCAGGCUCUCUUCUACUAGUUAUCCAUCUUAUGACCAUUUGUAUGCGCUAUUGUUGUUUUGAUUAUUUUAAUUCAAAAUAAAAAGUAGCUAUGAUUAGUGUACAUGAAUAAGUCUUUUUCUACAAGUAUAAUUUGACAAGGCUAUACAAUAGCUAUUCUUUUUAUGUAGCAUAGACUUUAU